AUGUCCGAGGGAUCGCUUACCCUGCCUGUGGGGUCUCAGAGAGAGAAACCCCCACAUGGGGGGCCUUCUCCCCAACUCAAACGCUUUGUCUCCUCUUUAGGAAGCCGCUGGCACCUACGAUGGAGUUGGGGACCCCAAGUGCAGCCCCCGCACCAGCUGCUGCGCGGGAACCUUUCGUUAAAGGCCCGCAGUAGCAUGACUGCCUUGCCCAGUGGAGGUACCCUGAUUCCCAGUAACAUAAGCAGUAGCCGCAACAGCGGCAGUUGCGUUGAACUUGGGAUAUCCGGGUUGCGCCUUCCUAGCAGGGCCUCCUUGACUGCCAGCAGCUGCAGCAGCAACAGCAACAGCAGCAGCGGCUGCAGCAGCCAACAGCACCGCCUGCGGUCUUUUCCCCUCACCAAAAGCAGCCGACACUCACUGCCCCCUGCAAAAAGUCUCUACAUGGCAAGCGCAAGCGGUGGCAAAACCAGCAGUAGUAGCGGCAACAGCAGCAGUAGCAGCACAUACCAGCAGCAGCAGUCAGUUGGUGCAACCCCCUCCUGCACGCCCUCUCCACAACCCACUACAGCUUGUCUCCAGACUCAAUGGGAGGAACAGCAACAACAAGAAGAGCAAAGACAACAACGGACAGAGCAACGUCUCGAACAACCGGAUGAGCAUCCGAACAGCUUCCUCUCUGUUGCGGCUUCUGCUGCUUCACCCUUGCUGCCUAACCCUACAGCUGAAGCAGGGCCAUACGGUCUCUCUCCUAGAGCUGCAGAGUACCUAACUGGCGUCAGCAUUAGCAACAACAGCAGCAAAAGCCACACGCCGGACCUGCCGCCCGAGGUGCUUGCAAUAGCUGCAAGAGCGAUGAGGGGGGCCGAAGAGGAGGUUCGCUUGGCCCGAGCUCGGAUGCAGGAGAAGCAGUUGCAACGCCAGCAGCAACAGAGGCUGCAGCAAAAGCUAAAGGCUCCGACACAGCAGCGACAACCAGUUAACUUGACUGCAGCAGAUCCCCAGCCACUCCGGUACAGGGUUUACGGUGUGGGGUACGGGGCUUGGAGUGUGCGCAGAAAAGAGCGACUUGAUGAGCUACAGCUCCAGGGCCGCAGUAGGAACCGCAGCAACACCGAUCCGCAAGCGCGCCCAGCAGCCGAAGCUGCAAGCAGCAGCACCGCCACCACCAGGUGGUCGUACUGCAUCCGAAUUCGCAUGCGGCAGUUACAGAAGCCUCAGCAGUUACUGCAGCUGCCAACGCAGCUCGGAAUAUUCUUCCACGAGUUGGCACACCUCCGGUAUAUGAAUCAUGGCUUGGGUUUCGCUUGUCUGCUUGCUCGCAUCUUUCGGUAUGCCACGGAGCGCGGCCUGUUUGAACCCAUGUCGUCUGUCUCCUUGUGGUUGCUUGUGAUUGGGGCGAAGUGUCUUCCCGUCGUUGCGUCCGAUGCUUGCAGCCCCUAUUGCUCACUUGGGUCCGCUGGGCUGUGCAACUCGUCGUCUUAUCUUGGUGUCGUUUGGUUUGCGCUUUGCCUCCUUUGCCUCGAUGCAUUUCCUUCUGUCUCAGACUUUUGUUGCGUGGUGCUACAGGGGUGGGAGACAGAGCUGCCAUCUCCUUGGCUCUGGGAACGGGUCCUCUUCUAUUGCGGUGGCUUCGUCACCGACACCGUGCUGCAACAGCUGCUGCUGGCAGAUCCCAAGGCUCGUGCUGCUGCUGGUACUGCGUGCAAUCUCGAUGCACCAACAUCAGCGUCAGUGGCAGCUGCUGCUUCCGCUGAUGCUAAUGUUGCGCAGUUACACGCUAAGGAGAAGCAAGCGCCCGAUGAGCCUGCGCCCGCCGCUGCGGCUACCAAUCCUUCAGCUACUCAAGCAACAGCAGCAGUGGCAUCAACAGAUUCUGCUGUAGUGGAACCAGCACCUGCUUCUGGUGCUGCUUCUGCAGCAGUUGUGUCGAAGAGGCUGACGAAUGGCCGCAUUAAGCAAGAGGCUGCACAAGGCUCAGCAAAAAAUCCGAGGAUGCACCACCAACAGCAGCAGGUACUGCGGCAACGACGAACCGCACCAACUGUUACGCUUCGUCGGCGCGCCAGUGGCGGCAGUGUUGGCGUUCAGAAGGCAUCAAUGCGGAGCAAAAGCAGCAACAGCAGCAGCAGCAUUUCAGCGUCACAUCUGGGUUCAGGGAAAGCCUUUGCAUCUGUUUACCCCACAGCUCCCAUUCGUCACCAGCAGAGGCAGCAGAAGUUGCAACAACCCCAACCUCAAAGACGGCACCACCAGCUCCUAAAGCAUCGCAGCAGCAUCAACAGCAGCUCUAGCUCCACCAGCAGCACCACCACCAGAAGCAGUUGCCGAAGCAGCAAUCGACGGCGAGGCAGUCUUUUAUCGUAG